UAUAAACAAAAAAUCAGUUGGGAAUUUUAACUUUUGUUUGAACACAAACAAUAUAGCUGGUUUAACCUCUCUCAUAUGCUAAUAAUAUUUUCCUUUAAUGUUAGAUGAAUGUCAUUUCCCUCAAUACUAAAAUUAAAUAAAUGUCAUUCUGAACUACAAUAGUGGAUAGUGAAAAAUUUUUUUAUAAUUAUUGCUCAAUUUAGUUAAAAAAACUCAUCUAAAAAUACUAAUAAAGGAAAAACAAAUAUAAAUAUGGAAUCAGGAAUUUUAUCUGAUGAUUCUCAAUUUAAUUUUGACAUGAUACAACAACAAUUGCAUAAUAAUAAACAAAUAUCGCUAUUGGUAAAAUUAAAAAACUGGGUUUUGAAAAAUUUUUCGGUUUUAAAAAAAGAAGUAGUUAAUGAUUUGCUCAUUAUAUUAAGAGAAGAAGGAUAUCCUGAUAUUCCUUGUAACGUAGAAAAUUUGAUAACUUUAGAAUUUUCAAUUAAUUCUACAUCAAGUCACACAAAGAAAGUAAAUAAACCAAACUCGUCGAUAAUAAAUCCUGAAGACUACCAGCAUACCUCAAUAUUUAUUAAAAAUGAGUUAUCAGAAUCAUGGAUAAACGACCAAGUUGAUGAGUUUGAUUCUAACAACAGUCAUAAUAAAAGAAAGGAUUAUGAUCAAUUAGUAUUAAAUGGUGAAGAAAUUCAACCAGACGCUUUUAUUGAUGUAUCACCAGAUUUUUCAGAAAAUAUGAGUAACUCAAGAGAACAAUUAUCUGAUAAAGAUUGUAUGCAUUCAUUGUCAGAAAGAGCUACAAGUGAAACAAAGUUAUACACUCUAAUAAAGGGAGAUUUACUAAAAAUGGAAACUAGAUGGUCACAAAAAUUGGAAUCAACGAAACGUAGUUUAUUGUGUGAUAUUGUCAAAAAAUAUGAAGAUUUAAGAAACAAUUUGAAUUUGUCAUCACGGACAUUAGGUACAAGUCUAAUAGAUGACAAAGAAAUAUUAGGUGUUAAAUUACCAUUUACCACUGUUGAAAGUUUUUGUGAAUUUGAUAAAUCAAUUGGAGAUAAUCCUGAGAAAGAAAUAGCAAUGAAAUCUUUAAUGACCAAUUUAUGCUUUGGGGCAUCACACGUGAGUGCAAGUAUUGGCUGUAUAUUAUCAGCAUUUCUAACAAGAGAUUUACAAAUGCAAUACAGUGCUUGUGGUAAAAAAAUCCGUGGCGUCCAGAAACUAAAUUUUGGUGAUACACACACGUUUCAAUAUGUCAAAGAUGUUUUAAGAGAGAAACAUGAAUUAGGUGAUGCGGAAAUCAUUUCAAAAACAAGCAGAUGGUUUGCUGGUGCUGGUGAUCGAGAUGGUGGAAGAAAAAAAAGAAAAUUUAAAUAAUAUAAUUUAAAAAAUCUAAUAAUUAACUAUCAAUUUUUAUUUUUAAAUUAUUCUAUAAUUUUAAACCAUUGGCUUACAAAAUAAUAUGUUCACUUGUUAAAGAUAAAUGAUAAUCAAUUGAAUAAAA